GGCAUGUCAGCUCCAGAGGAAUUCAUCUGGGGCAGGCCCAACUCAGCCCGCUGAAUUAGCCUCCACGAUCCUCGGGCCUCCCCGGAGCCAGGGGGCGCUGUAAACGUUCCGUCCCGGCCCCCGCUGCCGCCGUCGCCCGCCCCAUCCGCGCGAUGGGCUCCGAGGCCGCCCAGCUGCUGGAGGCUGCCGACUUCGCUGCUCGCAAGCACCGGCAGCAGCGGCGGAAGGAUCCCGAAGGGACCCCCUACAUCAACCACCCCAUCGGUGUGGCUCGGAUCCUGACCCACGAGGCGGGAAUCACUGACAUUGUGGUGUUACAGGCGGCCCUGCUCCAUGACACGGUGGAGGACACAGACACCACCCUGGAUGAGGUGGAGCUACACUUUGGGGCACAGGUGCGACGCCUGGUGGAGGAGGUAACAGAUGACAAGACUCUGCCCAAGCUGGAGAGAAAGCGGCUGCAGGUGGAGCAAGCGCCCCACAGUAGCCCCGGGGCCAAACUGGUGAAACUGGCAGACAAGCUGUACAAUCUGAGGGACCUGAAUCGCUGCACCCCAGAGGCUGGGCCAAGCAGAAGUUUUCAGGACAGCUCAUCCCAUCAGGAACUCAUGGCCCUGAACCAGGCUUGCCAGGAAGUGGGGAAAAGGCAGUGCUUUCCUUGACAUCACGCUAGCAAGUUUCUGUGGACUCUUACGCAGGAUGGUCAGAACAUCGAGUACAGGAAUACUUCGAGUGGGCAGCGCAGGUGGUGAAGGGGCUUCAGGGAACAAACCGGCAACUGGAAGAGGCGCUAAAGCAUCUGUUCAAGGAGCGGGGGCUGACACUCUGAUCAGUGCUUGAAGCUAUCCAGAGGCACAACUCCAGCCUCAUUCUGGCCGGACAGGAUUCAUACACCAUCUUUUCCGUGCCUCCCAAACUCCCUCCAUCCUUCCCAGAUACUACAGGCCAAAAAAAGACUUGCAUUUUUUCUCAGUCUGAAGGUCUCCUACUAACUAAGCUGAGUCCCGCGUGUGGGAAUCAGAUGUACCCAUCCAUUUGUGAUGCACUCACUGCCUCUCCCCAAGUCUUGGGUCUGUUUGCUAUUUUGCAUGGUGGGAUCUCUGGCCCCUCAGGGACUUGAGAUUAUGUAAGUACUAGUUCCUAAGACGUUAUGGAAAAUAAAAACUCUGGGUUAAGGUUUAA